AUGCCGAGUAGCUCAACGAUCCAAAACGUCUCUCCAGGCUCUCUUUGCGAUAUAUUUAACCUCUAUCAAACAAAGCCGGAUAAUAGGGGUCGCGCAUCGUGGACUAAAGAACUCCCUGAAAAUCUGGUCGAACCUGCCGAGGGCGCUGAAUCAAGCUCUUACGCGAUCAUUGUGAGAAACAUCAAAUGUUACGAUGGUCGCAAGAGUCUUACAAUUCAUUCAAUUGUACUGCAAAGUGAACCGCUCAAGAAGUUGCUCACUCCUGUAAUGGCGGGAUAUCCAGGACUUACGAUGAGCCUGGACCGAAUCGAGUUCAGCAAGCCAUUCAAACCUUUCGUUCAUCGCUGGGAAAAAUUCACAGCCGCUCGAGAGAGUGAACAAGAUUCGACGACCAAGGCACAUGUCGACCUGCUGUAUGGGCUUCUAGAAAGCGAACUACAUGAUACUAUCUCCAGGAAGUCCGAUCUUAUCUCAAACGGUGUCGUGACUCACGCCUUGCUUUGGACCCUUUUCCAGCCAGGUGACAUCGUUUUUAGUGUCUUGGAUAAUCGACCCCGUGCUUUCAUUUGUGGAACAGGUGAUAUAAAUUCUCAAAGCGGUACGUUUGAACUGAACGGAAAGUACAUCGACUUUGAUGGUGACAAAUUUGGGUUUUCAACAUAUGAGUUCCAACUGGAGGCAUUCGAAGGAACAUGCCCUAUCACGGAUUUGUCUGUAGCACCCCUGGCAUAUCACGAAAACAGGGAUGCGAUUGAGAAAGAAUUAUUAUUGCGUGGAAGCCUCUGGGAGAGCCUGAGAGGAUACCAUUACAAGCAAUAUGAUGGAGUCGGCAAGGGAUACCUUUUCGGUCGUGAGGUAAAACUCAACAUCACAAGUCGCAUCGUAAUUGACACGGCGGCAUAUAUCACGUUUAAUCCCCACGAAGAAUUUCAUUUGUCAAAUACCAUCGCGGCAGAGCUUUCCGAGGUUCAAAGGAUGAUAGCCACACCAAUGUUGCGUGGUUAUGCUCUCAAAGACAAGAAAUGGCUCGAGUUCUUUGUCGACAAUGUCACAGACAUUACCUGGAACGCGCAAGCGUUUCAAUCCUUAGUCCUGCCAGACAAUCAGCAACAUUUGAAGAAACUCAUCCUUGCCGUUGCCAAGUCGAAGUCGAAUGGCCUUGAAGUUUUUGAUGAUGUCGUCCAGGGCAAAGGACGUGGCGUUAUUAUGCUUCUCCGUGGUCCGCCCGGAGUGGGCAAAACUUUGACGGCUGAGGGUGUUGCAGAGGUCAUGAAAGUACCUUUAUACGUUUUGAGUGCGGCAGACCUUGGUACAAGUCCUUCAAGAGUUGAAGAAAGAUUGAAGGACGUUCUCUCUAUUGUUCCCAAAUGGGGAGCUGUCCUUCUUCUUGACGAGGCAGAUGUUUUUAUGGAGGCCCGCAAUUCAACUGAUCUCGCGAGAAAUGAGUUAGUUUCCAUAUUCCUGAGGGUUUUGGAAUACUAUGAGGGGAUUCUAUUUCUUACCAGUAACCGUGCCGAAAACAUGGACCCGGCAUUUGAAUCCCGAAUUCACGUGUCGAUUUGCUACCCGGAACUUACUGAGAAAACGAGACGUCAGAUUUGGAUGCAGUUCCUGGCUGCUCCAAACGUGGAAAAAUUCUCCAACGAACAGCUUGACGAAAUUGCGAAGUUGGAGUUGAAUGGCCGACAGAUCAAGAAUGUGCUCCGAACCGCCCAUCUGCUUGCCCAAGAGGAAAACACCAGCGUCGGCUAUGAAGAUGUUCAAACGAUCCUGAGUUUGAGAUCCGUUUAG